AUGAGGGCAUCUUUGGACUUCUUGGAUGAUUAUGACGAAUUGGAGCCUUUCCAGGAUAUUUCAUACACGACCAUCAAGCCAUAUAAGGUGGUUCCAUCAUUGAAUGUAUCUUUGCUUACCAAAUUCUGCGAAUUGACAACGAUCGUCGAACGUAUCCUGUGCGAAAUAUACUCCGAAUCCCGAGAGUCGAGUCCCGCCCACAAAGAGAGUGUCUCAGAGGAUAUAAAGUCCCAGUUGAGAAGAUGGCGACAAAGCCUGACGCCUCAGCUUGAUUAUCUAUCCUUUCCAGACCAAUCGGUUCUUUUGCCUCAGUCUGCAUGUCUUCUGGCUCUAUUUAACGUGUUGAUCAUUCUUUUGCAUCGCCCAUUAAUCACAGGAGGCCAUGGCGGCGUGAUCAAUUCAACAACCGCCCACGAGUCAGUAAACGCCUGCACGUCGGCUGCAAAUCAGAUUGUUCAAAUUUUGCACGACUACUCCCAGCAUUUCUCAUUAAGCAGCGCGCCAUAUAUGUUGUCCUAUGCGACCUACAUCAGCGCAACGAUCCACGCCCGAAUAGUUGCACAGAAGGGAAGCAAUUCUACCGUCUUUCAAUCUCUGGUACUCUGUCGCAAUAUCCUACUCGAGCAUACACGUCUCUAUGCUGCAGCAGAGAAGGCCAAGGAGAAUCUGGAUAAGCUGAUUUCUCACCUCGGGAUUAGCACCCCGGAUGACAACCAGCACACAGUUACUUCUGUGCAAAGUCUACCAGGUGAAAGUGUUGUUAUGGACGACUCCAACAUUCCCACUGGCGAGCAAGGAUUUCCAGACCGGACCGUUGGCUUUGGGUCUCCUUUGCUGAAUUUGGAAUUGUCCGAUCUCGACCUUGAGGCGAUUGCCCAAGGGUUCCAGGUUGAUGUCGAAUCACUUUCCUUUUGGCAUUCUCUAGGUGCAUGA